AUGUCAGGAGCGGCAUCUCCAAUUGCUGGACCUGUUCUUAGCAAAUUCCACCCUGUCCGUCGACUCGAUAUCUUACCUCGUCCAGCAGUUGCGCAAAGUGGAUUGGAGGAUGAUCAUCAAAGCGCAAGAUCGGCAUUAUCAUCGAGUGGAAAUAAAGGCCAACUUCCGUCAGGAACAUGGGGUGAUGAAGCUGAAUGCGCCACGCCAUCGGGAACAGCAGACACUCAUCCCAUAGGAAGGUAUGGUACUGUAGAUCAUGGGCUCAGUGCCCCGUCCGUCUCACCCGGGAUGGCAGACAUGACCGCGCUGGACGGCCUGUGGCUACAGAUUGACGAAAUCUUGGGCAUUCCCUAUACGACGCCAGCGACGAGCUUUGCGGCUGAGUGGUUAGCUGAUGGUGGACAAGAAGAUCUCACAGCGGCGAAUAGCGAUUUUCAGCCGGUGUUUCAUUUCAGCCUUUGA